AGUAAAACAUUCAGUCAACCCGGUGAUCUCUGGAGACAUAAAAAAACUCACAGUGGAGGGAAACUCUAUGAAUGUAAACAAUGUAGGAAAACAUUCAGUUUUUCCAGUAAACUUCAGACACAUGAAAGAACGCACAGUGGAGAGAAGCCCUAUGAAUGUAAACAGUGUAGUAAAGCAUUCAGUGUUUCCAGUUCUCUUCGGACACAUGAAAGAAUCCACAGUGGAGAGAAACCCUAUGAAUGUAAACAAUGUAGUAAAGCCUUCAGUGUUUCCAGUUCUCUUCGGAUACAUGAAAGAAUCCACAGUGGAGAGAAACCCUAUGAAUGUAAACAAUGUAGGAAAACAUUCAGUUGUUCCAGUAAACUUCAGACACAUGAAAGAACGCACAGUGGAGAGAAGCCCUAUGAAUGUAAACAAUGUAGUAAAGCCUUCAGUGUUUCCAGUUCUCUUCGGAUACAUGAAAGAAUCCACAGUGGAGAGAAACCCUAUGAAUGUAAACAAUGUAGUAAAGCCUUCAGUGUUUCCAGUUCUCUUCAGAUACAUGAAAGAAUCCACAGUGGAGAGAAACCCUAUGAAUGUAAACAGUGUAAGAAAACAUUCAGACUAUCCAGUUGUCUUCGGACACAUGAAAGAACACAUAGUGGAGAGAAACCCUAUGAAUGUAAACAGUGUAGGAAAACAUUCACACGAUCCUAUCAUCUUCGGAUACAUGAAAGAACGCAUAGUGGAGAGAAGCCCUAUGAAUGUCAACACUGUAGGAAAACAUUCAGUCGUUACAGUACUCUUUGGAAACAUAAAAGAACUCACAGUGGAGAGAAACCCUAUGAAUGUAAACAAUGUAGGAAAGCAUUCAGUUGUUCCAGUUAUCUUUGGUCACAUGAAAGAACUCACAGUGGAGAGAAGCCCUAUGAAUGUAAACAGUGUAGGAAAACAUUCACACGAUCCUAUCAUCUUCGGAUACAUGAAAGAACGCAUAGUGGAGAGAAGCCCUAUGAAUGUCAACACUGUAGGAAAACAUUCAGUUGUUACAGUAAUCUUUGGGGCCAUAAAAAAACUCACAGUGGAGAGAAACCCUAUGAAUGUAAACAGUGUAGGAAAACAUUCAGUCGAUCCAGUCAUCUUCAGACACAUGAAAGAACUCACAGUGGAGAGAAGCCCUAUGAAUGUAAGCAGUGUAAUAAGACAUUCAGUCAAUCCAGUCAUCUUCGGACACAUAAAAGAACUCACAGUGGAGAGAAUGUCUAGGAAUCGAAACAAUGCAGUAAAGCCUUUGGUGAUUCCUCUACUCAUCAGGUACUUGAACUCACAUGGAGAGCAAGCCUAUGAAUAUAGAUGAUGCAGUGGAACAUUCAGUCAUUUCAGUCAUCUUUAAUCACAAGAAAUAAUGCACAAUGGAGAGAAACCCUAGUAAUGUAAUAUAGACAAUACAGAAAACCUUUCAGUUCUUCCACUACUCAUAGAGCAUAUGGAAAUAAGCCCAGUGUUACUUAAACAGUGACCUUGGUAAUCUUCAGUCACAUGAAAGUGCUCACAGUACAGAGAAAACAUUAAGUAAAAUUUUAAAAAUAAUUAGAGAUCAUAUUUUCUUUUUUUUAAUUAUUAUUUACUCCCUUUUGUUGCCCUUGUUGUUUUAUUGUUGUAGUUAUUAUUAAUGUCGUUGUUGUUGGAUAGGACAAAGAGAAAUGGAGAGAGGAGGAAAAGACAGACAGGGAGAGAAAGAUAGACACCUGCAGACCUGUAUCACCACCUGUGAAGUGAUGCCCUUGCAGGUGGGGAGCUGGGGACUCGAACUGGGACCCAUACACCAGUCCUUGCGCUUUGCACACCACAUUCACUUAACCCACUGCACUACCGCCCAAAUCCCAAGAUCAUAUUUUCUUUUUUUUUUUUUUUCCCUCCUCCAGGGUUAUUGCUGGGCUCGGUGCCUGCACCAUGAAUCCACCGCUCCUAGAGGCCAUUUUUUCCCCUUUUGUUGCCCUUGUUGUAGCUUCAUUGUGGUUAUUAUUAUUGCCCUUGUUGACGCAAUUCGUUGUUAGAUAGGACAGAGAGAAAUGGAGAGAGGAGGGGAAGACAGAGAAGGGGAGAGAAAGAUAGACACCUGCAGACCUGCUUCACCACCUGUGAAGCGACUCCCCUGCAGGUGGGGAGCCGGGGGCUCGAACCGGGAUCCUUACACCGGUCCCUGCGCUUUGCGCCACAUGCGCU